AUGAAAUACAUUCCAUUAACAUAACACUUUUAAACAGUUGCUAUGCUCUAUGAAAAAUGUGCUGAUCUUUCUUCUUAAAUUGAUUCACUUCAAUCUCAAAUUUAAAAUAAUAAUGGAUAAAUAGAAAAUGAAGAAGUUCAAAAACAACCUUAAAUUAUCUAAGAACCAACUUCAAAAGUUCCAGAAAAGUAGUAUCCCCAACCAUAAAUUGAUAAAGAUUCAUAAUAAAAUGCUUAAAUAGAGGAGGAAAAAUAGAAUUAAGAUAAAAGUAUAUUGAAAAUUGGAAAAUCAAUUGAAAAAUCAAUUAAGAUGAAAGUCUCCUUAACUUGUGAUCAUUGUAACAAAAUUUUCUAAACUGAAAGACAGUAUAAAAAACAUAGAUAUGGUAUUAAAUAUAGAGGUUCAAAGGAUAAAUCAAAGAAAAAAUCUUAGAUAGAUCAACAUUCAAAUAAUUAAAGUGAAUUAAAAGAGAUAAUGGAAGAAAUUGACAAAAAGGAAUCAGCAAAUUAAAACUCCUUUGAAACAUUUCAAAUACUUCUUUGA